UCAUUUGCAGCAUUUGCCUGACCACACCCUCAGGAAUGAGUGGUUACCGACCAGGGUCUGAUAUUAAAACUAAUUUACCUCUGUGUUUAUUCAUGAUUUGAUUCAAGUAUGACCUAAUGAGCAUGCAUUAAUAUAGCGAUUAGAGGGAAACCUAAGCACUCUGGUGUUGGUGAUACACAGACUACAUUUGAAGAAAAAAAAAACAGCGCUGCAAGCUGACUGGUAUACGGGACCUUUAAUGCAGCUGCAGCUCUUCAUUCAGAUGCUGAGUGGAGCAGCGGAUGACCGGAGGAGGGACGCUUUUCUAGGAAAACCAGACCGCAGCUCUAUUCUAAUCGCAUUUUAAAAACCCACUUUGAUGCAUACUGAGGGAUUUGCCCGUUACUUAUAAGAUUUAGCUGGGGAAGUGCUGUCCUGGAUGCAGACUGAGCGGAUUGCGGCAAUCAAAGCGUCCUGAGUGAUCAGAGAUCAGCAGCAGCAUCACAUUGUAUGAAAUGCGUCACCGUGAUCCAGUUUUCCCAUUUACACAUAUCGGCUCUCCACUCACGGGCUGUUCCUCGCACUGACUAUUUCAUCAGGUAACCUGCAUGCGCGGGCCGGUGUCACCGCGCUGAGCCCGGAGAGCACAAAGGGUACAGGGGUCAGAGUGACAAGAGUGGCCGGGAAAGGUGGACCGGAUGACAGCCAGAACCUCUGAGGCCUCGGGGCUGUCGGUGCCGCUGCACCGCUGUCACGGGGUUCUCCAGGCCAAUAACGGCACCUGCGCGGAGCAGCUCAGCAUCUUUCCGCCGUUCUCCUCCACCCUCGCGCUCCUCGUGCUGCUGGCCGUGCUCGUGGGGAUCAUCCUCGUUUCCCUGGCAACGUUCCACUUCCACAAGAGGAAGCUUCGGAAUAGGAAGAUCCAGCGCGCGCAGGAGGAAUACGAGCGCGACAGUCGCAGCCCCGCGCGCGCCGGGGCGAGCGGGGAGCCCGUGAGGCCGUGCGUCAUCGUCCGACCGGUGAGAUGCGAGGAGAGGCUCUCGUGCCAGAGCACAGAGAGCGGGGACGUCACCGAAGCGGCGGAAGACAAACAGGCGCUGCACGAGACAGUUCCUCUUGACUGUUAACUUAGUGCAACUUCAGGGAAUGAGACUGUGGAAUAAACAGGAAAAGCAAUAAGGCACAAAGAACUCCCACACCCAUCUUUGCUGCUUGUAGAUGACUUAGAAACAGUAGGAAAAAACGCAGAAUACUGAGCAGAAUAUUAGGCCUAGAGGUAACACUAGUACUACAGUGGCACAUAGGUUAGCUAUGUGGCCACACACCUUCCUGAUACACUAGCCUAGUAUUUAACCAACCGGUAGGCCAUUCCUUAUCGAAGUGUAGUAUUUGCCUGAUUUGACUUUUGGACCUCUUCCUCUUCCCCUGCCUAAAACGUCUUUAAACCUCAAAGAUGUUUAAACUUUUAAUCCUCCCUGGGAUGUGACACACGGUUGUGUUAAAUUAUUAAGAGUUGGGGACACAACACAGACACAACAUGGCUCGCUGAUCUUCCUUGGCAUGUCCUCUGACACACUACCAGUAUGUAGUUGUAGACUAUAAUGGAUGUUGUGGUGCUGUUAGGCAGUGCAAAGCUGCAUAUAGGCUGUAGAAAUGGCUUAUUUGUAUGCGUAGUAUUUUUUCCUUGAAUUAAGUGACUUAGCAUAUUUGCAUACUGUCCUCCAAUGUCUUUUAAGACAUCUGUAGGUAGCUCUAGUUAGCCUGACAGGAUGCAAUACUUUUUGCUGUAGUUAUGCACAUAAGAUUUGUUUCUUUAAUGUGUCAGAUAGUAAGUUUUAGCGCUAAUACAGUAUUUUCAUUUUUGAGUAUUUAUAAUGUAUUCUCUGACAUGUAAUAAAUCGAGAAUCCUUCCAACAGAGGGUUUCAGUUCAAGCCAGUCUGUUUUUGAUCCUUCAUAUUGUAUCACAGUGGGCCUAAUGGAAAUUAUGUGUAAUUUAUUAUAUGAAUUCACUGUAAAUGUAUGCCAUUAUGAGAGCUGGAAUGUUUUACAGUAACAUCAUCUUUCUGGAGUUCAUAUAAUCUGCCUUAUCAAAGGAAAAUGUGUAAUAUUCAAAGUUUAUAAAUAAAUACUUACGUUAUGUUAA